CUCGGGGCCGCCCCGGGGGUCGCCCGGCGCCGCCGCCGCCUCGGCGCGGCCGGGCUCGCCCUCAGCCCACCCGGGCUCGCCCUCAGCCCUCCGGGGCUGCUGCCGCCUCCCCGGGCCGGCCUGGCCGGGCUCCAGGAGGGCCGGGCCGGCUCUGUCCCGCGGCCCCGGCAGCUUCCCCCGGGCCGGGCCGUGCGGGGCCCGGGCGAGGCGGUGACCCCGCGCACCUGCCCCGGGCCGGCUGAGUGGAUUCCCCCGUACCCGAGGCACCUUCGGCGCGGCGCACGCAUGCAAAUCGUGGCCACGAGCAAUUAAAUACAUGCGUACCGUUAAUUACGUGUUUACAUACACCAAGCACGUCCCUGGCAGGCAGCAGGACGGGGCCCGGGGACGGCUCCUCGCUCCUCCCUGGUGCUGCCAGGAGACGCCAGGAUGCGGGGCGCAUCUGUGCCCUGCCUCAGGUGGCACCCGAGGGACACCCAGCAUUUCUUUGACACCUGAGUGUGGCAGGUUUAACACCGUCACAGGAGGGGGGGUUUUAAUCCUGACCUCCCUUCGCCUUCCCUGCCACUGGGGACAUGAGAACAGGCUUACAGCACUUUAUUAUUUAUUUUCCCCCAGCUCUGGUCAAUCCUCUUUGCUCGGGCCCGGAUCCCCGCUGAGCAUCCGCGGCUUCGGCGGCACCGGGCGCGGGAAGCAGCGGCCGAGGCGCCCUGGCCGCAGCGUGCAGGGCUAAAUUUGGCCCCUGUGACUUCCUCCCGUGUGGGACACCCGCGUGGUUUUUCUCGUCUCCUGUUACAGAUAACGCAGAGGCCGGUCCUGAAGCAGCAGCCCGGUGCAGCAGGGAGGAGGGACAAUGGGGACAGAGCAGGGACCAGGGCACACACAGUGAGGAGCCCAGCUUGCUGCUCAGCCGCGGCUUUGUUGGCUCGGUGCUGGGCAGGGCACCUGGCUCCUGCAGCGCUGGUCCUCAGCCCUCCCCGGGCGGUUCUUCACCUUCCCAGAGCAUUGCAAAACAGUCCUUGUUCUGUUCCGAGAGAUGCCUGCGGUUCUUUCACGCCUCUCAGGCUUUUUUCCUUGAAACUCCAGCGCCAGAGUCAAGUGGUUAUGUCAAAAUGUGUUUGCAUUUGAAACAAAAAAGAGUUUUCUCAGCCUUGUGACCCCAGAGGGAAGUUUGUGACUACGUGUGGGCAUGGAGUGGCCCAGCCUGCUUGGGAGCACCUGCAGCUCCAAGGGUCCGUCUGCCUCAGCCUGGAGCCUGCUGGUUUUGACCCCCCUGUCUGCACCGCAGUAGAGUUCUGUGCUGAGCACUGGGAAUUGUAAAAUAUUGCCCUUGCUCUGCAGAAGCUCCGAACUGAGAAAAACACCCAGAGAAAAGGAGCCAGAGGGGUUUGCCAGUGCACAGUGCAGCAGCCCGGCUCGCCUGGAGGUGGUCUCUGCUCAUCCCAGAGGUUUUUCCCAGCCGUGGCGUGGGAUCAGCUGGAUCACCCCCGCUGCACCCCCCGGCCCUGCCCCGUUCCGAGCCCCGAGGAACCCCUCGUUGGGGCAGGGGACACCGCUGCCGCCCCCGGUUAUUCCCCUCCCGGCAGCUCGGUUAUUUUUGUUAACGCUUAUUAAGGAAGACUUGGGAGAGCUCUUUGUUAAGGGCUCACACUCACUUCAAUUAAAGGCUAAGAAAGCUACCCAAGCGUAUCACUGACUCAUCGGAGAAAUCCCGACCAGCACGUAGCCGCCUAAACUCUUCUUGUUUCCACAGCUAAACGCCGAGAGGGGACACAGCAACAAAACCUGCAAGACUCGCAGCUGAGGCAGCGAGAGGGAAACGGAGCUGGAAGCCGCUUCCCUCUCGGCGGGGCCGGGCUGGGCCCUCGCAGCCCCUCCUUCACCCCGGCACAUCCCAGAGCUGCGCCGGGAGCUGACGGAGCCCCCGGGGGGAAGGACUCGCAGCAGCUCUAUUUAGAAAGGGCAAGUCUGUGCCAAACCUGACGAACUUUCCUUUACCCAGAAUUAUAACUGGAAGUCUAAAAAGCCACAGUGUUUGAAAACACAUAUUUACAUUAUAUAUGCCCCAAAGCAGAAUAAACAAAGGUUAGAUUUGUAAACUCUCCAUCUUAAUUAAAGCAGCACUGCUUAGGACAAACCCACAUAACAGGCAGCUUGGAGUGUUGUGUUAUUUAAUUUAUACCUUCCAGCUCCCUUAGUCAUGGAGCUGGGACAGCGAUAGCAUCAGCAGCCACCCCGCUGUGCAGGCUCAGGGAAUUUCUAGGGCACUGGGAGCCGGGUGGCCCAUUUACCACCCUCCCGAGGCUGCGCUUUUCUGCCUGCUCAAACUCAAACCUUCCCUCCUUCUCCCUCGGCACUUCCCACAUUGUUGGGAAGGAAGGGAACGCUGCUGGGUUCUCCUGCCUCCAGUGCCAGCUCUGGUGCUGGGAAGCCCCCCAGGGACAGGCCAGCACCGAGCUGUCCCCCGGUGCCACAGCCAGGCCGUGCCCGGUGCCAGCACCACGCAUCCCCAGCUCUGCUGGCAGCCAGCGUGUGCUUGCACCGCUUGCAACAGGAACUGUGGCCAAAUAUUUCAGCUUUGCAGGAGCCCCUUUCUGCUCGUGCUCCGAGUGCCACAGCAGGCUUUGAAUUUCGCAGCUCCGUGGGGCUGGAGAGCCCUCGAGAGCAUAAAUAAGCUGCGCUGAUGGUGCUGAGAAUGCGCUCCCCGCAGGCAACUUCCCUUCAGCUGCUUCCCAAGUUCUGUCUCCUCUGGUUUCUCUCUUUGCAGCCUUCCCUCUCAAAGUGAUCAGGGACACUAAACAGAGGCAGCGAAUUACAUCUGCGGGAAUGAGGGGUGGAAGCGGAGUGUGCCUGCUGGGAGGAACCGUGGGAUGGUCCAGCAUCCUCAGAAGAGCGUCCCAGGGUCUGCCACUGCCCAGCUCCUGCUGGGCGAGCAUCCCUGACCCGCGGCAAAACCAGGGACAGACAACCCAUCUACCAGGAGGGGGAAAUGGAAAUGGGAACAGAAAGGGAAUGGGAAAAUGAAUGGAGAAAGGGAAAGGGAAAGGGAAAGGGAAAGGAAAAAAAGGAAAAGGAGAAGCUCUGGCCGAUGGCUGCCCACAGUCAGCCUCCAUCCCGCCCUCGAGGGUGGCAGCGAUGCCCUGUCCUGCCCGUGCCGUGCCAGGGCCACCCCCAGGGCCUGUCCUGCCCUGUCCUGCCCGUGCCGUGCCAGGGCCACCCCAGGGCCCCGGGGCUCGGCGGGAGCGCUGUCACUGCACAGAGGAGCCUGCUCGCAAUUAGCGCAUGUGAAAGAUCGCUUCACUUUCCAAAAGAGGGAAAGAGGAUGCGGAAUAUCACCAGCCAGCUCGGCUGGAGCACCGAGAGGCAGGACGGCGAUCAGCGGGGAAGCAGCGAGGAGCUGCUCCCGGGCAAGGAGCGCUGUCCCCGGGACGCAGCGGGGAUGGCCCGGUCCCUGCUCCGCUUUGCUGGCCUCAGCCCAGCUCCGAGAACAGCCGCUGUCACCUGCGCCCCUCGGAGGGAAGAGCCGCCCUCGGUUGUCACAGCGGCCCCGGGGAUGCUGCUGGUGUGGCCCGUAGGGUUCCUGGCCGUGCCCAUCUCUGGAGCUGCCACUCUGGGGACACUCGUGGGGACACCCCGGAACAGCCACACGCGGGGCUGGGUGCUGGUGUCGCGUGGUGGGGAUUGCCCACGCGUAAUAUCAAACCCGAGGGUCGUGGAGCGGUUCGGGCUGCAAGGGACAUUGAAGAUCAUCCAGUCGCACCCCCUGCCGUGGGCAGGGACACCUUCCACUGGACCAGGCUGCUCCAAGCCCCGUCCUGGAACACUUCCAGGGAUGGAUGGGGCAGCCACAGCUCCUGCGUGUCCUUGUGGUUUACAGGGUGGGCACAGACACGAGGAGGUCGCAGCUUUUUCAGUCUCACGUGGGACAUUUCAGAGCCCUCCUGGCAGGUGCUACCGACCCCUGCUCACCCCCUGCCCGGGCUGCCCUCAGCACUCUGCCUUUGAACCUGCUGAACUCUGCUGCUCUCCAGGAAAACCGUUUCCCAGUUUGAUUUCAAAACUUCCCGAGCCAGAGCCCGUACCAAUUCCUUAGCAGCGCGCUGCUCCGCUUAAUCACCAGUGACCAUUUUUAGUAAUAAUUCCUGCGGGGCCGAGGACUGCAGGGAAACAUCCGCCCCUGCCUCUCUCCCCUUGCCACCAUCUGCCCCGGCUUCUCCCGGGCACGGGAUGUGCGGCAGCAGGCGCAUAAGGUCAGUGCAUUUAGGGAAAAACACUGAAUUAGAGCAGCCCAGCCAGCGGGGAAAUCCUAACGCUAAUCCCUGAUCUUUCACUGACACACGGCAAAGCUCGGCCAAGCCGGCUGCUUCCCUCCUCCCCAGCCACAGCUGGAAAACACGGAUAAUGCUGCAUUACCUUCCCUGCAGGGCCGCUGCGAUUAAUAGCAGCAGAGAGCUCCGAAAUCCUCCAGGGAUGGGGAUGGCAGGGAUUAAUCCUCGGCUGGAUGGUCCCCCAGGACCAUUUGCCCAUGCCGUGCCCCAUUUUCUUUAUUCUUUGCUAUUUACUUUUAUUUUUUGCCGGGACCUGGGCGGUGUUUAAUCUCAUUUGGCAGUUAUGGAUUGUCUCCAAAACAAUCAAUGUUUGUGCAUUCAUCUGCAUCGCUCAGCUGAUCCCACAGGGAUGAGCAUCCGGCGCUGGCGGGAGCCUCGGGCAGAGCAUCCCUGCUCUCACUGGCCAAGGAGCCAACUUUGCUCCACGUUUCCAAGGGGGAAACAGAACCUUUGGUGGUAGCAGGCAGCUCUGCCUCAAAUUAAUUUCGGCGCCGUCAGGAAAAUAUCCUGUGUCAUCCUGCAAAUCAGGCAGAAAAUGCUGCUCCCCGCGCCCUCCCUCCUGCCCGCAGCCCGCGCACUGUACAGGCACGUGUGAGGAUGGAGGAUCAACGCAUCCAGAGCCUGCGCGGCGGAAUUUCCCCCCCGUGUUUCAUCUUGUAUCAAAAAUCACGACAAAAACACAGCCCCGCCUUUUGUCAGAAGGAAAACACCCAGAGUUCAGCAAACCGCCAAGUUUUCCACGUUCAAAUUUCCGCUGGCAGCUGCUCCUCGCGGCAUCCCAGGCAGUCAAAGCCCCGUGGGAUGCAGCCAGCCCCAGAGCCCCGCAUCCGCGCUGGCAAAGCUGCCCAGGUCGGCAUCCGCGUGGUCGGAGCUCGUCAGGAUCCGUCACGUCAUGAGCUGCGCAGAGGGCAAGCGAGCCGUGCGAGAGACGGGCACUUCAAAAAACACAGGACCCGAAGCGUGAAUCGCGGCUGAGUCACUGAAACACGAAACUCGCUAAAGGGAUGAAUUAGAGCUAUUAGAAUAUAGAGGUAAUUACUCAUGUGAACAAUGCCCUGCUCCACUCUUUAAUGAUUACACAAAUUAGUGCAUAAAAUUAUGUUAAUGGCUCUGCAAGCGGCACAUCCACCCGGCCCGCCCGGCGGGAGGGGCCGCAGAGUGACCGGGUCCCCCUCAGCACCAGGACACGGCGAGGGAGCGCCGGGAGAGGCUGCAGCCCAUCCUGCAGCUCUGCCGGGCUCCGUGCCCGUCCCGUCCCGCAGCUCUGCCAGGCUCCG